AUGAAAGAAAUGAAGAAAGAUCAACAAAAUAAUUCUGUUUUGAGUUUUGAUUUCGAAAAAGAAAAACUCAGAGAAGAAUAUGAAAAACAAAUUUCAAAUUCAAAUUCAAAAUUUUCAAAGAAAAUUGAAAAUUUGACAAAUAAAUUUGAAGAAGAAAAAUCUCUUCAUAAAACAGAAUUAAACACAUUGAACAUCAAAUACCAGAAUGAAAUAAAUUCUCUUAAGAACAAAACCGAAUUAGAAAUCAUCAAUUUAAAGAACAAAUAUGAAACAGAAAUUGAUCAGUUAUUGAUAUCGCAAAGUUUGAAGAUUUGA